AUAUUUUUUGAGUUAAAAGAAUAAAUAAAUAACAGGAGCCAGUGGUAGUGGGAAGCUAGACAGGAAGUGGUUCCGAUAAGCCGGAGUUUGUUUAAACUGAGAGAGAUACUUGAGAACUGAGUAAUGCAGAACUAAGCAGCCAAACUUUGAUCAUUCUUCUGCUCACUUUUGGAUUCUAAUUCUCUCUACUCCCAUGGCGAUAGCUAGUACCCUGGCUUCAACCCAAAACCCCUUUCUAUGUCUCCGUCAACCACCGUCUCCGGGGAACCGCUCCGUCGUCUUCCGUCGCUGUCAAGACCCCUGUGGUAGACGAUGGAUUUCCAGAUCCAUUAGAGCAUGCCAACCUUCCGACAAGCUUGGUGGUGACGGAGGCAUUUCAGCUUCAGCUCAAAGAUUAUAUUUUGGCAAGGAAUUGCUGAGUUUUGCUUCAGAUAAUUUCUUGCCUCUAGCUCUUGUUAGUGGAGUGGGGUUGGGCUUUGCAAAUCCGACUCUAGGCUGUCUUGCAGACAAGUACUCUUUCACUAAGAUCAGCACAUGCGGGAUAUUUAUUAUAUCAGGGUUGACUUUACGUACCGAAGCGAUUGGUGCUGCUGUCAAAGGGUGGCCUCUUGGACUCUUUGGGCUAAUCUCUAUUUUGUUGCUCACUCCAUCCUUCUCAAGGCUAAUUAUGUUGGUCCAACUCCAACCUCGUGAACUUGUUACAGGGCUGGGUAUAUUUUGCUGUAUGCCAACCACCUUAUCAAGUGGUGUUGCCCUUACUCACCUUGCUGGUGGUAAUGCUGCUCUUGCUCUUGCUGUGACAGUGGCAUCUAACUUAUUAGGAAUUUUAACUAUUCCAUUUUGGGUAUCAAGAUACAUAGCUGGGGGAGUAGGGGUUUCGUUUCCUACUGACCAACUAUUCAGAAGUCUUAUAGUUACUCUGUUAAUUCCUUUAAUCAUUGGCAAGUCAUUUCAGCAUGAAGUUCUAUCACUUGCCAUUUUGCACACGUUUUUAAAAUCGAGCUUUGACAUACUUGGUUUCUUCUGUUAUAGGUUAUUCGAGAAUCAUUCAAAGGUUUCGCAAACUUUGUUGACAAUAACCGUAAACUCUUUUCGAAAAUCAACGCAAUCUGCCUCAGUUUGGUGCCAUGGAUCCAAGUGAGCAGGUCAAGAUCACUGCUACUAUCCGUUCAACCUAAGGUUUUCCUUGCAGCAGUUGGCAUUGGAAUAUUGCUGCAUCUUUCUCUACUAGCAUUCAAUGCUGUUUCAAUCCGCAUCCUCUCCGGUCUUACAGGUGGUAGCAAGAGCUCCAAGGAAAACAGCACUGCAGUUUUGCUCGUUUCAAGCCAGGUAAUAAUAGAGUUUGCCUUUUAGAACCGAUUUUGAUCUCUUAAAUUUGGGAGUUCUUUUCUUGUGGUGGCAUAGAAAACAUUACCGGUAAUGGUGGCGGUAGUAGAGCAAUUAGGAGGUGCAUUUGGUGAGACAGGGCUAUUGGUUCUUCCUUGUGUAGCUGCACACCUGAACCAGAUCAUGAUUGAUUCAGUUCUUGUCAACUUAUGGCUCCGGAGAGGAAAAGAUACUUCGACUAAAGUAAAGACAGCUUGAGAGAGAGAGAGAGAGAUAGAAAGCAAUGAAACCAAUGCUGUGGAGAAGGUUACAUCCUAAACACACUGAAUGUCAGUUAUAUACAUAGCAGCAAGACUGGGGAUUUUGAUAUCUUUCCAAUCACCAAAGCUUAGUUGAUCAUUGACCAUCUCUCUCUCUCUCUCUCUUUCUGUAUGUAUAUGCUCUAGAGAUUCCGGUCGGUGUUUGCUGAUCCAAUUUGUAUGAUUUAUGAAACUAUGUAAAAAAAAAACUUGUAUCUAUAUUUGAAAACAUUUAGUCAUUUGACGUU